UGCCAAGAGAUUACGCAUUCAAUGUUUCAAUAAUCAACAGUCUUCUCUUAUUACAAGCUGUAUGCGCCGGGAUUAGUCGCGAUAUAAACGUUGAAGUGAUCGGACUCAUUUGUAUUUUGAUACAUUUGCAUUUAAAACACUUCGCGUUGACGGUACACGUGAGAAGAUAAAUAAACAAAUAUAUAAAUACUUGCAAACGUUGCAAAAUUUUUGCUCGGGCGAAAUUUUUGAGAACCUUUCAUUUUCGUUUGUUCAUUUUGUGCUAUUUAAUAAAAUAAUAGAGUGAAUAAAAAUAAAAAAAAACUCGCUAUUAAUCUACAUACAUACAUAUUUGUAUAUUUAUGAACUCGGACUGUGGUCCUACUGCCAUACUUCCAACCAUAUUCCCGAAUUCUGGUCUGAGAGACGAACUUGAAAUGCGGACAUCUCGCGCACAUCAUAGUAUACUUAGAUAUACAACUUCCUGUAUUUUUGUGAUAUUAGCAUCAGUAUUUUUCCCAGCACAAACCACGGCAGUGGAAUGGUCUGUGCGGAAUGCGAAUAAUUCAUGGCUAACCGUGUCUACACACGACCUCACUAUAUUAGUUCAGGAAAAUAAAACUUUUGAAGUUCUAUUAAAUGGUUCACCGGAUCAAGAUAUCUCCGUGAGUUUGGUGAGACAGCAUGAGGCUCUAGUUAAAUUGUAUCCAAAUGACUUCACAAUCAGCUCGGCGAAUCCACAAAACCAGACAAUCUACGUGCUUGGCGUGCAACCUGGAAAUUUGGAAAUCACGGCUAAAAGUGUACCAGACGACUUAGGGUUUGUGGACGACUUGUUUGUUCGCGUUACUGUUGCCAAUUCCGAGGCUAUAAUUUAUAUAUCUGUAGUAUUUGGAUGGAUUUAUUUCGUAGCGUGGUCCAUCUCAUUCUAUCCACAAAUCUAUAUUAAUUUCAAGCGCAAGUCUGUUGUUGGACUCAACUUUGACUUUUUGGCGCUUAACUUGGUCGGCUUUGUGUUGUACAGCAUUUUCAAUUGUGGCCUUUAUUGGAUACCUGAGAUACAAGCAGAAUAUGCUAGCCGCCAUCCACGUGGUCUAAAUCCAGUAUUAUUGAAUGAUGUUGUAUUUGCGCUACAUGCAGUUUUUGCAACAAUUUUGACAAUCAUUCAAUGUCUCAUUUAUGAGCGCGGCCAACAGCGGAUCUCAAAAAUCGCAUCUGGUAUCUUGGGUGUGUUCGCCAUAAUUGUAUUGGUCAUCGUAAUUCUCGCCGCAGUUGA